GUUUUCCGUGUUUUUCUCGUUCGGUUCGCAACUUGCACCAUAAUCGUUUUUCCGCUGAUUCUAGAAGCGAACGUAUUUUCAUCACGCAAAUUAGAUCGGAAAAUUCCAGCCUUCCGCCGAGUUAGAACCGUCGCAAAGGUUCCCCGUACGGGUGUGCUUCCUAUUUGCCAGCAGUGUGUGAUAUGUUUGACUGCGCUCGAGAGCAAUCUCGAUCGACUAUUAGCAAAUCCGAUGAAGCUCCCAGAAGUUCCAACAGUAUCUUCCCUGUUGGAAUUUUCUCCCUUGCCUAGUUGUCUAGCAUAAAAAUAUAAAAAUAGAACGAAGUUAUCGGAAAACCGGGCUGCGAUGGCUACGUUGUCCACGCUGAUUGGAUUUCUGGUGGCGAUUGUGGUCAUUCUGCUGGGAUGUUGCACCAACCGUUUCGUGCGUACCGAAAUGGUCGAGGGAACGGAACCACCGGCCAAGAUUUAUUACUGCGAUGAGGGACGUGAUGUUAGCGAUCGAUUACUUUACGUCACCACACUGGAUGGACGACUUUCUGCGUUGGAUCUCACAGAUCAGGGUAAAUUACGGUGGAGCGUGGCAACUGGACCCGGACCGCUUCUAUCUUCCAGCAUCCAUCGGUUGGAGCUGACCAACAACGGCAAAUGGGUCCGCAUGAUUCCCUCCCUCAAUGGGGGACUGUACAAGUUCGAUGGCGAUACGGUGGAACCGAUUCCGUUCAGCGCCGAUGAUCUGCUGAAAUCAUCGUUCAAAUUUUCCGACGAUCUGGUAAUUUCCGGUGGCAAGGAAACGCGCAGUUACGGGAUUUCUUCCAAGACCGGGCAGGUUUUGUACGAAUGUACCAUGGCCGGGUGUCGGAAUGCCACGGAAAUUGAAAAUGAUUCGGCCAAGAAUGGUCCCCCGAGGGAGGAAGUGGUUAUGGAGCACGACCCACUCUUGGAUGACGUUAUUGUUGUUCGAAGACAGACUCAGACUGUUAGGGCUGUUGAGUCGAGGACAGGAAAUGAACGUUGGAAUUUUAGCAUCGGGCAACAUGAGUUGGAGAUGUUGAAGAACGAAAAUUGCCAGGGCAGUACCAAGGAUACCUUGGAUCCGACUAUUUUGAAUUUGGAAUUGAAGGUUGUUAUACCGGAGGGAAUAAUUUGUGCGGUCAGACGUUCCGAACCAAAUGUUGUGAUUUGGAAGUAUAAAUUUGAACAUCCGAUUGUGAGCGCAUGGAGAGCAAAGAACAAAAACGAAAUUAUGAGCAUAGAUUUGUUUAGUGGCGCUGAUUGGUUAUGGAAUAAUCAGCCUUCAAGACAGGAUUUUCAGGAACGAAAUGGAAUGGUCAAUCCAUCGAUAUAUUUGGGAAUGCACCGAAAGCAAUUGUAUAUACAGGAAUCAACAGCUCUAGUCGUUCAGCAUAAAACAAGCGCCCAGGAUUUUUUGCUGACCGAUGAUCAAAAGGUUAUGGUUAUACCCUGGAAGCCAUAUCCUGCUCGUCCACGGGUUGCAGGCUUUUUAACGGAUGGUAGCGAAACGAUGCAAGAAGAAGAUUCCAAAUAUGCCGAAUCAACUGCAAUAGCUCGUUCAGUCCUGUACCAAUCGAACUACGUGAACGGCGAUGGGUUCUUCCUUUACACUCCAGUGGACGAAAAACAACUUUGUUCCAACGAUACUGAAACACCGGCCAUCGCAGGUCGAAAUGAAAGUUCUAUAUUCGAUUUCGCAAUGGAUCCGGAUGCUCCGGUAAAAGUGAUAAUAAUAUCCAUUUGGUACUGGUGGAAGGAGAUUCUGGUUAUUUCGGUUACGACUGCAUUCAUUUUGAAUUUUAUGCUACGUUUCAAAAACGAAAAAGAAGUUGUGGUGUUUGUCGAGCGACAAGUACCUGUCCCAAUAGCUGAAGAAGCGACAGAGGAAACGCCGGUUGCUCCCUUGGGAAUAAUGCGAAACGCAUCACGUAGCUUGUCUGAGUCGAAUGGAGAAAACUUCGUAUCCCGCUUCCAAGAAGAAUAUGAUAUGGUUCAAUGCUUGGGAAAAGGUGGUUUUGGAGUAGUUUUUGAGGUCCGAAACAAGCUUGACGAUUGUCAUUAUGCAAUAAAACGAGUUGUCUUGCCAAACAAACAGGAAUCGAAAGAUCGUGUUAUGAGAGAAGUUAAAACUUUAGCGCAUUGUGAACACAACAAUAUUGUCCGAUACUUUUAUGCGUGGACAGAAACUCCUCCUCCUGGUUGGCAGGAGCAUCAAGAUAAAAUCUGGAUCGAAAGAAAUUGUUUGUCGACAUCGAUUGACAUUGAAAGUCCAACAAGGACCAGCCCGACUGACUCACGAUUCAACAACAAGAAUGAAAUUUUCAAAGACUUUAAUAAAAAACAACAUUCCAGUCAGCUUCAGGGACCAUGGCUAACUAAAUUUUCGGAACCUAGUUUCUCCGUAUCAGCCCCGAUAGCUGAUGAUGAAUCAGACAGUUGCUCAUUCAUUCAGUUCAAAGCGGACGCAAAUCGGUCUAUGCGAAGCGAAACGGAUGACGAUUCAUUCCAGAUAGAAUUCAAAAAUGAUCAAACCGACCAUGGAACGAACGGCGAUUCAGUCGAUAUUGUGUUUCAGGAACCUUCCCAAGACAAACAGAAAACAUCCAAGAACCAUCACGUUAUAUCAAUCCAGGAAACGUCGCAGUCGAUGGUGCGACGAAACCGCCAUAAGCGACCGCUUUCCCUUGAUCUCACCAGUAACAGCCGAGUCAGUCGGUCUCGGCGGCUGCUGGACAUUACUCAUAAUAGUCACAUGACGGAAAGCAUCAGCGCAGUUGCCAGUUCAGUCGGCACCAGUACGGUGAGCAACAAGAUCUACCUUUACAUCCAGAUGCAGUUGUGCCAGAAACAGUCACUCAAAGAGUGGCUUACGCUGAACGAUCUGUCCGUUCGACAAGACAGUAUCAUUCCAAUUUUCGAGCAAAUUGUUGACGCAGUGGAAUAUGUCCAUUUGAAGGGGCUGAUCCAUCGGGACCUGAAACCGAGCAAUAUAUUUUUCUCCUUAGAUGGACGGGUUAAGAUCGGUGACUUUGGCCUGGUGACCGAUUCAAGCGACUUGGCUUACGAUAGUGAAAACAACCUUCCGCCGGGAGUCAUUUUGGGUGGACAGGUGGCAGCCAAAGAAAGACAUACACGGCAGGUGGGUACCCAUCUGUACAUGUCCCCGGAACAGCAGAAGGGUUUGCUGUACGACUACAAAGUCGACAUCUAUUCGUUGGGAUUAAUUUUGUUUGAGCUGCUGGUUAGCUUCGGCACCGAAAUGGAACGCAUUUGCACCCUGAAAGACGUGCGCAGGAACAAAUUCCCCGACGAUUUCGAAGAAAAGUAUCCUAAUGAGUACAAACUUUUACAACUUAUGCUAGCUGAAAAACCUUGCAAUAGGCCAACCACCUUCGGCAUCAAAGCAAGGCCACCGUUGAAACGAAUUCCAUCGAAGGGAACUCAGUUGAACAAAGCGAUCAUUCCGGCCGCAGUUCGUGAAAAUGGAAGCAGCGCAUCGACCGACAAUCUGCCCCAGUGUGUGGACCAGAGCUCAUCUGAGGAUUGGCAUUUCGAGCUGCCUCCCCGUCGGAAGGAUAGCCGAACCUUCAACACUAACACCCCGGCAACCACUUCCGGUUCCAGCUCCGGUAGUACCGUUUUCUUCUGAACUGACAUGCAAGAACUGGAUAAAUCGAGCAUUCUACCUUCUCUACGUUAGUGUCAUACAGGCUAAAAUAUAACGUUGUUUCAUUUCCUAACCCAAGUAUUAAAACAGUCGCUAGGAAGAGAUUCCUAAAGUAAGGGUUGUAAUACUUACUACUUACGUGAAAUUAGAGAACAAAUAAAAAUGUUUUAAAAACCAA